UUGAGCACGGGUUAGAAAUUACAAUCAUGGCUUCUUCUUCUAGAUUGCGAUUCUUUCUUUCCUUGUAUUUCUUCUACUAUUUCUAUCUUACCAUUGCUCUAGAAUCUCUGUACCAUGACUGUUAUGUCAACAACGGUAAUUACACCACCAAUAGUACUUACCAAGCAAACCUCAACCGCCUUCUGAAGUCCCUCACAUACACCAUCCCCACAUACCAUGGAUUCUACAAUUCCUCUUAUGGGAAAAAUCCUAACAGAGUUUAUGCAAGUGCAAUCUGCAGACCGGACAUGAAUCCGAAAAGUUGCCGAGAUUGUGUAACUUUCGCCACUCGGAACCUGACACUUCUCUGUCCCAACUUUAAAAUGGCAAUCGGCGGAUACGAUGAUGGAAGCUAUACUAAUUGUAUGUUGCGUUAUGCAUUUUAUGACUAUAUUGGCGUAAUGGAAAAUGCUCCUUAUUUUUUUGUGUAUUCGCUAAGUAACAUCACAGGAAAUUUUGAUAAGUUCAAUCAAACACGGCAGAGCUUGUUGCAGACGCUAAUAAGUGAAGCUGCAGCGCGGGGUCCUCUCAAGUAUGCUACUGGAAAAAAAUCAGUUUCAGAUACUGUAACAUUAUAUGGACUUGUUCAGUGCACUCCUGACUUAACAGAAAGUAAAUGCAAAGAGUGCCUCAAUGAUGCUAAUAAGCUUCUGCCAGAUUGUUGUGAAAAAAGGCAAGGCGGCAGAGUAAUUACCCCAAGCUGUAGUUUCAGAUACGAGACAAACAAAUUCUACAGGUCCUGUAGUUUCAGAUACGAGACAAACAAAUUCUACGAGUCUUCGAUUGAAGAACCUCCAGUCUCCUCUCCAACACCAUCAACCAAUACCACAACCCACCAAGGAAAGAAGAAGUUUAUUUUCGUCUCCACCUCCGGCGCCAACUAAUUCCGCAGCAUCGACAGAUUGCAGUUCCCUCGUUGCUUUUGCAGUAUUUGUCAUCUAGUUCGGGAAUUUUCUUUUAGUUAAAAAAAAAAAAAGCGGUGUUUCAAUUUCGUUUGCAGCAUGUAAAACGUGGUAUUAUGUUCUUACUGCAGAAAAAUGUCUAUCUAAAUAACGUUGAUG